AAUAAUAAAUAAGAUGCUUCCAUUGGAUGUUGUGUUGUCUCCUCCCUUGCACGGGAAUCUUGAGUGCUUCCGCAACCGCCGACGCUUGACAGCCGCCUGUUACCCGUCGUCAUCGACUUUGCUCAGCCACCUGUCAUACGAUAUAAUCCCCCCCUUCCCAUCCUUCGAUUCCGUUUGGACAACUUUGCUUCCCUCCAUCCCAAAAUGAAGUUCACUGGCCUACUCCCGCUUGCUGCUCUCGGCUCGGCUUUUGUCAUACCCGAGCAACACGCUUGGAACGACAUUGCCAUCCAGUCUAGGCCCCGGGGCAAGACUGGUCAAUACGUUCCGGAGCUUCCGCUGCAUGGCGCUAAGGAUGCUUUCCACAAGCUCAAGGGCUCCGUGGAAGGUGCCGUCACCGACGCCCUCGAUACCGCAGAGCACUCUGUCGAUGACGCUCUCUCCAGCGCCUCCAAGGCCGAGGAUGCGGUGAACGAAAAGGCCCAGUCUAUCGGCUGGGACGUCGAGGCAUGGCUCCGGGAUUCCUUCCCACACGGGCUCGAGGGACCCGAACACCCUCCUCACCACCCUCAUGAUCCUGACCACCCUCAUGAUCCCGAUCACGACAAGCCGGGGCACCACCCCCAUCACCACCACGAGCCAAACGAGACAGUUUGGCAGCUGAUCUCUAAGUCCAAGUACACCACAAAGCUCACGGAGCUCAUUGAAGAGCACGGGGAUUUGGUUCAGCUUCUCAAUGGCACUGCUGCCAACUACACUGUUUUUGCGCCGACCAACGCGGCCUUUGACAAGGUUCCCAAGGAUGCUCCCAAGCCGAGCAAGGAGUUUAUCAGGGAACUGUUGAAUUACCACAUCUCGUCUGACUUUUACCCUGCUGGUCGCGUGCUGCACACUUACACCAUCCCCACGCUGCACAGGGAGGCCGAGCUCGGCAAGGAGCCGCUUGCCCAACGUGUGAGCGUCAACCUUCAUCUUAAGGGUUUGACUAUCAACCACUACGCCCGCGUUGUCGCUGUUGACAUUUUCGGCACCAACGGCGUCAUCCACGGCAUUGACUCGCUCCUUGCUCCUCCUCCCAAGACACUAUCGAUCCUCACCUACCUGCCAGCCGAGUUCUCUACGCUUGAGCUCGGCCUGACCAAGACCGGACUGUUCGAUACACUGAACACCACCGGCCAUGCCGGAGGUACCUUCUUCGCUCCGUCCAACUUUGCUUUCCACAAGUUGGGGUCCAGGAUCACGGGCUUCCUGUUCAGCAGCCACGGCCAGAAGUACCUCAAGGCGCUGCUCGAGUACCACGUCGUCGCGAACCAGACGCUCUACUCGGACGCUUUCUACGAUGCUACCGGCGAGGCGGACCGCCGUGACCCCCGUAACUUCCACGUCGACCUGCCCACGCUGCUUGAGGGCCACAGCCUCAGCGUUGAUGUCGCGCGCUUCUUCGGCCUGAUCGAGAUCAAGAUCAACGGCUUUAACCGCGUGUCUAUCAAGGAUGGCAUCGCCAAGGAUGGCGUCAUCCAGGUCGUCAGCAGCGUGCUGAUUCCUCCGAGACACACGGCUGGCGCCGAGGCCGACUCCGAGGACGAGGAGUUGACGCUCGAGGAGCUCAAGGAGCGCCUUGCGCCAUAUGUGGAUGGUAGUGAGGAUGGUGAGGAUGGUUGGGGUGAGCUUUAAAGCUCUCUUUGCUUUGGGCGGCUUAAAAUGCAUAGCAGCGUAGAGUACAUACUCGAGAGCUUCAUUGACUAGCGCAGCUUUGGUUACUGCAUGAAUCAACGGUCUUUCUAUACUUGUUUUUCCAGAGAUGUAGUGUGCUUGUAGUGUUGUAUUGACGGCUGUGGAUUGCACACAUAAAAAGUUGGGGUAGGAUUUAUGGCUUGAUAUCUUUCGUUAAAUAUAGACCUUCCUGUCCUACCUGUCAUUUAUCCUUGCUUGAAACAUGAGCUAUAGCCGUAUGUAGAAUAUUACGGAUCUGGAAC